AUGGAGAAAGCAAAAGGCAAAAAGGUAACAGCAUCAGAAGAAACCAGAGAGAAGCAGCAGGCUCCCGGUGAACCAAAGUUGCAAAAAACCUCCGCCAGCGGGACCAAACGGAAAAGAUCCAUGAAAGAAGACAAAGAAAAGAAGGAAGAAGGCAGUGGAAAAGUAAGACUUCGGAAGAAAAUCCCAGUUCCUCCAUUACCUUUGAAAUUGCCGCCCGCCAACAUGCUUCACCGAGACGUCCUGCGGGCCUGGUGCCAGCAACUAAAGCUGAGCACCAAAGGCCAGAAACUGGACGUAUAUAAGAGAAUCUGCGAAUAUGCUUACCCUGAUCAACAGAAUAUUCCUGUCACCGCAGAGGAGGCCAAGAUUCUCUCACAGUCACAAAGAAGAUCAAAGAUGGAGCAAGGGGAAAUGUCUCUGGAAGGUUUUGGAAAAAGGGUAUCUUCGGACGGGACCUACCCUCCUGAGGUGGCUGCUCCCCCUGAGGGUGGGGCACCCACCUCUGUGGGGUCUGGUGCUCUCCUGGAGGGAGUCGAUACCGUUGUUGUGACAACUUCAGCCCCAGAUGCUGUGUUUGCCUCCUGGUCGAGAAUUGCAGGCAGGGCUGGCAAGACGGAGACCGUGGAAUCGCCACAGGAGGCCCACGGUGUCAGGUGGUGUGUGGUCCAUGGAAAAAGUCUGCCUGCAGACACAGAAGGUUGGGUUCACCUGCAGUUCCAUGCAGGACAAGCCUGGGUGCCUGAAAAACGGGGAAGAGUAUGUGCCCUGUUCUUGCUACCAGCCUGCAAUUUUCCACCCCCACACUUGGAGGACAAUAUGCUGUGCCCCAGAUGUGUUCGGAGGAAUAAGGUGUUAAUGAAAAGCCUCCAGUGA